GUUUAUUUGUAAGAGUGUUUCAAGCUUUUCUUACGAUGCACCUACUUUUUCAAAGGCCUAGUGUAGUAAAACAAACUAGAAUUGCAGCUAAAUUUCUCCCCGCAGUAACUCAGACCGCUCCGUCGAUAAUUCGAGGAAAACAUACCAUCAAAGCUCUUGAAAGUGGCACGCCGCGACUCAGGUGAGCUGUGGGUACAGUUUCCCUCAAUAUGUUACUUGAUUUUAUUGAAUUUUAUUCCGUUCAAUUGAAAAACCAUUUCGUAAAAUUUUUAGAAUGGCAGCAUCUCUUAACAAAAGGAAACACAGGGAGAAACAUAACCGUAUCGUGGUAGAGGGAUGGAGACUCGUACGAGAAGCUUUGCUGGCCAAAGCUAAGGUGUUGAAUAUAUUUUACACCGAUCCAGCACUGCUUGAUCACAUCGACACUUUGAGUCUACCAUCAAACUGUCUUGCUCAAAUAAGCGAAGAAACAAUGGAGAGUUUAUCAAAUGCUGUCACACCGCCUGGUAUAGUCGGAAUGUUCAAGCGUCCAAGGCAGGGUGAAGGGGGGGAACUGAAGAACGGAAACACUGUGCAAAAUCCAUUGACAGUGUUAUGUGAUGGACUGAAAGACCCAACAAACUUAGGUAUGGCAUAUAGUUAUUUUACGGCAAAGAAAUGGCUUUUGAGUGGGAAGAGAUGUUGAUUUGAAAUCAAGUGUAAGAUGUCAACUGAAAAUGGGACAUGUGCAUGACAGAUUGGAAAUGUCAUACUCAAGAAAGUAGGGGUCUUUGUAAUUAAGAAACAGAAAAUAGCAGCAGGUAACUGCAGAGGAAAGUAAUCAAAAGAACAAAAUUAGAAGACCUUCCUUUCACCCACUAUUCAUGUUACAGUAACUACCAAAAUAGUAUUAAUGCAACAUAACAUAUUGUGAUUGUGUAGGUACAUUGGUGCGGACGUCAGCAGCAGCAGGUUGCCAGUCCUUCAUUACUUCAACUUGUUGUGUUGAUGUGUGGGACCCAAAGGUGUUGCGAUGUGCUGCUGGAGGUCAUUUUUAUCUUCCCAUUCAUUACAAUGUGGAUUGGGAAGAGAUUGAGACAUUCAUUGCAGAUAAAAGGAUUUUUCUUGCAGACAAUAAUAUUUCUGGUAGGGAAAUUUAAUUCAAUUAAUUUUUAUCAAAUGUUGAGUUUUGUUGCUUUUAUCCUGUGUCUCAUCUGACACAAAAUUUAUCGUCACAAACAUACUUAAGAAUCUACUUAAUAAAUAACUUCUGUUCCAGUUAGGAAUUCUGGCUGGUAGGAUGUAUUUUCUCUGGUCUUUGAUUUAGAAAGUGUUUGUCAAUCUCUUAAACUAUAAUUUAGAAAUAAUUAAGUUUGUGUCCACAAAAAUAUAUUGAACUAGUAAGUCUUUUCUAACAAUAUCCACGUCAUUUCCACACUGUAACCAAUGCAUCAGCAACAAAUUUAGAACAAGUUCAAUUCUUAAUGACCAGAUCGAACUCUUCAAAUUAUGCAUCAUUGCCAGUGGUCUCUUCUUCAAGUGUGACAAACAUAUAAUACAUUAAGAACGGAACAACUAAUCACAAGAUUGGAAAUGACUGAGGAAAUACAAAUAGCAUAGGAAAUAAGAGACACUCGAUGAAAGGGCCAUUUAUCUGAUGAUUUGACAUUCAGAACAUAUCUGUGAUGACUUGUCAACUUGGGCUAACACCUUUUUAUUUGCAUGAUCUGCCCAAAGGUCAAACUCAUAGAGAUAACUGGGCGGACUGGAGCUAGGUAGGGGAUCGCUUUCUGCACAUGCAAAAUGUCAAACCUCAGUCUAUCUUAUAUUUUGGGUUUAAAUGUUGAUCAGGAAUGUUAGAUGACUUUAAGUAGGCCUGUUCAAGCUGAAUCAUUUCCCAAUGUUCCAUUUAUUUUCACUUCCUUUAGAUGACCUAAGCAUUCCAGCAUCAGAACAUUUCCAAGUGGACUGGACUCAAGGACCCAGUGUUCUGGUUAUUGGUGGUGAGACUACAGGUCUGGGGGAAAUUAUCAAAGACUUAGCUUGUCAAUAUCAUGGACAACUUGUUCGUGUUCCCAUGGCAAACACAAUUGACUGUUUAAGUGCAGCAAUGGCUGGCACAGUUAUUAUUUAUGAGGCUUACAGACAAUUACUUAUCUCUGAACAAGAUAGAUAA